CGUUGAGUGAUCUCAUAGACAUUGUCCUAAUAACAUAUCAAACAAAAACUGAGAAAAGAGCGGAAGUGUGAUGUCAUGGCAAAUCCCUCCAGUGACAUAUUUGAUCGUGAUUCCGAAAGUAAAGUAGCCUAGGCUACUGCAACAAUAACAGAAGAAUAAAAAAAAAGGUUGUGUGUUACAACAUACCAAAAUGAAUCGUCAAAUAGAUGAUGUAAUUGGACUUUGCUGUAAGAUAUCAGAAAACAGAAAAAUAAAAGUAACAGUACAGAACUCCGCGAAAGGAGCUGCAACAGCCGGAGGAGGAGCGUUGGUUGGGGGGCUGGUUGGAGGCCCAGCCGGUAUAUUUCUUGGUGCGACAGUAGGUGGAGCACUUGGAUGGUGGAUGACCAGAGGUGAAUUCCAACCUCUUCAUCAGAUCAUAAUGGAGAUGACUCCUGAACAAAAGCAGAAACUUUACUCUGAUGUCAUGGCAGUGCUGGGCAAUCUGAACUGGGUUGACCUUGCUCAAUUAAUUGUUCUUGUAAUGGGGAAUUCCUCUAUGCAAAUGCGUGUACUUAGUACUAUACUUACGUAUGCCACAAAAGAGCUCGGAGCCAAAGUACAGUAUGAAGAUUGAAAUAUUGGAAGGUAAAUGUACUGUUAUCUGUUUAGAUUAUGCUAAGUAUGACUGUCUACUUUCUAUUUUUUUACCAUACAUGUUUAAGAAAACUCAAAGCUCGCAAAGACAGAAAGUGCAUUAAUUGAUUCAUAAUAAUUAAGAAAUCACUUCUGUCAGUCCCUAAACUUGUGUAAGUUCAUCUGUUGUUGCAAGAAUUUUCAGUUCAAGAUUAUUCAACAGUGUUUCUUCUCUGAAUGAACACUUAUUAUAACUAAUAGGUUGACAUACAGUACACAAUUGCUAUGUUCAGAGAAAUAUUAACUUGAAGUAAGAAAAGUAAAAAGUAAAAAACACAUUUGCAUACUUAUCCCAAAAGGACUGGGAACCAUUUCUAAAAAAAAAACCUAUGCUAAAUUUAGCUAAACUUACUCUUUGUGGAUACUUGAAUUAUAAAUACUUUCCUCUUUAAAUAGGCUAUAAAUUUACAAAACCUGCAGGCCUGAUUUCUUUGAAAAUAAAAUGGCAACUAGUUAGCUUAGCUUUCUUUGUUCCCCUAUGCAGUUUGUUCUGCAGCAUGAAGAUACCAAAUAAAUCCAAGCAAUAAAUAACAUUAAUAUUAAGCAAAGUUAAAGGACGGAUGAGAAUUUAAAUCUGUUUGAUUCACUAAGGGCACUCUAUAGGUAUACAAAAUCUGAAAUUCAUCAAAUUUAUCAAUGGGAUGAGAUGGAUCUAAUAACCCAGCAUGUUCAUCUUUUGACUAAAAUAUUAAGUUUCUGUUUUAUUCAACAACAAAAUAUUGUAGUUAUACUGUACCUGCCUGUCUGUUAUGGCACACUGACUAUUAUUUGGUUUUGAAAUGUUCAUUGUAUUUUAUUUAUAUUGUUUUUAUAUAUUUUUUACAUAGAAUAAAUUUAUCAUAAAAGUGUUUUUUAUUAACCUUUUGUGGUAUGUAUGAGUAUGGGCGAUAUUGAUAUGCAUGCUUAAAUAUAUUAUUAGAUUUACAUGGCCAAAAAUGUUAGAUUGUUAUGCAAAAAUAUGAGAUCCUACACAUUUAAAGGUUUAGAUCUAGUUCAAUAAAUUUGACAGAGUUUACUGAAUAAUCUUAAAGUUGCAUUCUUAAAGCUCAGUCUGACUAGAAACAGAUUCAACAAGUGUUACCAAGCAAUAAGCGGUGCUGCACAACACUGUAACUUAACACUACACACACAC